CGGCCCCUCUCUCCGAGCCACUUCCUUCAACAAAAGUCGGUAGAUCCAUCCCAGCGACAAGCUCAUGUGAUUUUGGCCAUUUGGCGCCCAACUCACGGAGAGCCUGAAAGUCAAGAGUCCACUAACUUGCGCCCAAGAAAUGUGCGCCGGGGAUCUGAGCGACCUUUUGAGCAAACGGUGGGCGUAACUCUAUUGGGUCCGAUCCACCCAGAUCUUUACACCGGUCAGGAUCUUGUCAGCCGUCAGUUGGGCAUUAGAAAGCCCGCGCCCUUCAUUGUGCGGCUGCCACAGCAAACAGACAACGUCUUGAAGGAGCAGCCGAUCAAGCCCCCAGUAGCCGCAUUUUGUGGCAGAGAGUCAUUAGGCGAGCCGAAGCUGGGCGCUCCUACCUCGUGGUCUUGUCCCGACUUGACAACCUUCACUAACCAUUGCUACUCGUAUCCUUCGCUCCCUGUCCAUCAAACCACAAGGGUUUGGAUCUGCUGUGUAACCUCCGAGCUUAGUCCUUGUCCAGUGCAAGAUUCCUCCUCAUUGCUGAAGUUCCGGCACAAUCCAACAAGGGCAGAUGGAAGGAAAGGGCACGUACCGGUGGGAAGAUUUUGGAACGCCCAACGAGCGGAUCCCAACUUAUGAAGAGUCUAUGGCUACUGCGCCAGUAUCGACGUCGACAUCGAAACCGUGGCAGAAUUCUAGCAGUUCCGGGCCUUCCAUUAUACGGCAAGAACGCACGCGACGGGUUCGGCAUCUCAUCACCAACUCCAUAACUCCAACCUUCACUUUCCAUCUCGCGAACGGUUGCUCUCAUCUGAGCAUCAUUAUUCUACCAUCCGAGUCUCUGCGGAACAGCAAAGCCUUGACGGAGCAGAAUAUAGUGACUCCAAGUCCGCAAUCCCAGGAGACACGGACUCUCCUUGCUUUGAAUGGAGAGGAAAACCGCGCUUCCUUUUGGAUGCAGGGUGCUGUGGUCCAGGAGUUGGACUGUCUACUUCGACGAGAGCUCUCUGACGAAGCAGCCACUGCUGUCACUUCCAAUCCAGAUUCGCGUCCUGAGGCACAACCACUACACGCCACUGAACUUCCACCACGACCGAAGUCCAAAUGGUGGCUAAAGCGUGCGUUUGUCCUUCCAGGGCCUGACCAUGACCCAACCGGCGAGACGGGAAAAUGGAAUCUGGGCUGGCGAACUCCUGAAACUCUUGGUGCUCCGAACAUAGGGCCUGGAUGUGAGUCGUCCUCUUGGAAACCUCGAGCACGAACAAAGGAACUCCAACCAGACGAGAUGGCAAUCAGCACCACUUUACAGCCCGUAAGCUUCCGGACUGAGAGUGAGAUGGGCCUCUUAGAGACCACCACUGUGAAGUGUAUUUGGGUAGAGAUCGAGAUUGGCAUCUAAUCCAACAAACUCCUCGUUUGCUCAGUCGAUAGG